AUGCUGUUGUCUCUCUCAGUUUCAGUUUCAAAGUUUUUAACCCUAACAAGGUAUGCUUUCUCUCUUUCUUCCAUUCCCAAUUUUCUUCCAAUUUCUUCUUCAAACACUUUCCUUCUUUCAUUCUCUUCUCAUUCUCGUUUCAAUUCCAACGAAUUUGAUGUUAAUCAUGCUGUUUCCUCAUUCCAUCGCAUGCUCUCUAUGAAUCCUACCCCAUCCAUUGUUCAAUUCAACACAAUUUUAACUUCUUUUGUUAAGAUGAAACAUUAUCCCACUGCUAUUUCUCUUUCUCACCAAUUGGAAUUCAACGGAAUUAAACCUAAUAUUGUUACUUUUAACAUCUUGAUUAAUUGUUACUGCCACUUAGGUCAAAUGGAUUUUUCAUUUUCUAUAUUGGGAAAGAUUCUCAAAAUGGGAUUUCAGGAAAGUACCAUAACCUUGACUAUUCUUAUGAAAGUUCUAUGUCUUAACGGUAAAGUCCAGGAAGCUCUUCACUUUCAUGACCAUGUGGGGGCAAAGGGGUUUCAGUUGAAUGAAGUUAGUUAUGGGACCUUGAUAAAUGGGUUGUGUAAAAUGGGGGAAACAAGAGCCGCCUUGCAAUUGCUGAGACAGAUUGAAGCGAAAUUGGCCAAUGCUAAUGUGGUAAUGUAUAACACAAUCAUUGACAAAUUAUGUAAAGAUAAAUCUAUAAACGAUGCCUACCAGUUAUAUUCUGAAAUGAUUGCAAAGAGAAUUUAUCCUGAUGUUAUCACUUUCAAUGCUCUGAUAUAUGGAUUUUGCAUGGUUGAUAAAUUAAAAGAAGCAUUUGGUUUGUUCUAUGAAAUGUUGGUUUGA